AUGUCCUCCGCGUCCUCGAUCACUGCCGGACGACCCGAACCCAAGUCCCACAACGGCAGCAUCACGGACGGAGGCCACCAUGAGCUGUCAGAGAUGGGGGCGCAGCGGAAGCUGCCUAUCGAGGAGGACAUUAUGCAGUUGGCGCGUCUAGGGGAGAUUGGGGCAAUCCAAAAGCUCUUCGACAGCGGAAAGUAUGAUGCAACAUACGCGGACGAGGAGGGCAUCAUACCGCUUCACUGGGCCGCGAUACACAACCACUACGCCCUCUGCCAUUUCCUCAUCCAGUCCGGCGCCAACGUCAACGCCAAAGGCGGCGAAGCAGAAGCCACCCCGGUGCUCUGGGCCGCAAAACGAUGCUACUACUACACCGUCAACCUGUUGCUCCAGCACGGCGCCGACCCGCUCCUGACCGACGACCAAGGCUUCAACCUCCUCCACUCAGCAACACUGGACGGCAACGUCUUCCAGCUCGUGCUACUGCUGCACCAGGACAUACCCGUCGACAUCCCCGAUGCGAACGGCCACACCAGCCUCAUGUGGGCGGCGUACAAGGGCUACCCUGCUGUCGUGGAUCUGCUACUGCGAUGGGGCGCGAACGUCUAUGCGCGGGAUGACAAGGGGUUCACGGCACUGCACUGGGCGCUGGUUAAAGGGAGUCAGCCGUGCAUCCAGAAGCUGAUCGAGUACGGCUCCGACCGGUUCGCGGAGAACAACGAGGGCAAGACGCCGGCGGUCACGGCGCAGGACAUGAAUACUGUCGAGCAGUGGCGGCGCGCGCUGUCGGAUUCAGGGUUCAAUUCGAACGGCAGUCCGAGAUACUUUCCGCUGUCCCCAUUGGUGAAGGAUAGGAGGGCGUUUUUGUCACGAUUUUUCUUCCUCUGGCCGUUCCUCAUACUUCUGUGCGCCUUAUAUAUUUUGAGCUAUAUGGUGGUGUAUGCGGCCGUGCCCAUCGCCUUGUUUAUCGCGUGGAGUUUACAAUGGGUUGCUCAACAACUAUUGCGCUGGGCGCCGGCGGAUAUGAAACAUAUACACAGGACUCCUUACUUAGCGGGCGUUUUUGCGGGCACGCUAUUUUGGGUGGGCGUUCGCUGGAUCACGAGAUGGUUACCAUGGACAUACCUAUCUAAUCCCUUCCUGAACAUACUCUUUGCGGCCUCCUACGGCCUCUGCGCCUACUUCUACUUCACGACCAUGCUCGCCGACCCGGGUUACAUCCCCAAGUCCGGCAGCCGACAGCAACAGAAAGCUACCAUCGACACCCUCCUCUCGCUCCGCCAAUUCGACGAGGCCCACUUCUGCGUCUUCUGCAUGAUCCGCAAACCCCUGCGCAGCAAACACUGCAAGCGCUGCAACCGCUGCGUCGCCAAGGAAGACCAUCAUUGCCCCUGGGUCUACAACUGCGUCGCAGCCAACAACCAUCGACACUUUGUGCUGUACGUUCUGAGUAUGGAGGUCGGGAUCCUGCUGAUGGUGAAGCUGGUGUUGGCGUAUCUGGAAGCCAUCCCAUCCCCUACGACCAGUGCACCAGAGGCGCAGCAGUGCAACAUCCUCGCCCCCGCCCUCUGCGAAAUCCUCAACAAGGACCCCUUUUCUAUUGUCCUCGCAGCCUGGACAUCCCUCCAGCUCGUGUGGGUAACCAUGCUCCUCGUCGUGCAGCUCGUGCAGAUCGCGCGCGCCACGACGACAUACGAAAGUAUGCGCGGCCACCUCCACAACCACGGCACAGCCGACGCCAUCACGUCGUUCGUCACAACGGGCAGCACGUCCCCCAACGGCGGGCAGCUCACCGCCGACGCCGCAGCGGAGCAAAAACAAGCCGCCAAGGAGACCCUCUGGGAGCAAUGGAAGCGCCUCCUAGGCCUUGACACAGCCCUCACGCUCAUGCUGCACGGCUCGCGCGGCCAUGAAGUACGCGCGCAGCAGCGGCAAAAUCCCUUCACGCGCGGCAUGAUAACGAACUGUACUGAUUUCUGGCGGGACGGGAGCCCGGUGUUUGGGAGGGGGGAGAGCGGGGUUGCGAUGCUAGGGGGUGAGCGGGUGGAUUAUACAAGGAUGUAUGAGGCGCCGCUGAGAACAAGAAGAGGGAGGACGAGGGGGACUGGUGGGAGCGGAGGAAGGUAUGAGGCUGUUGGGGGGGAUGAAGGGGUUUGA